GGCCGCCUCCAAGGCAUCGACCGCCAGCGGCACCUGUUCCGCCACCCCCUCCGCCCUUCGCCGAUCUCCUUGACUUCCGCCUUCCCCCAUCUCCCUUCCGCCUGACCGCCAGUCAAGCGACGGCCCUCUAUCAUAGCCGCAAUCACAGCGCCAUUCCCCCCACCUCUUGUUCUCCGCCAGACCGUUUCCGCCACUAUCGAUAUCUCCGCCGCCAUCCCCGCGCCAUCGCGCGACACUCGCAUUCCCCACCAAUCCGCGCCAUCGCCCGCCACCCACCACCACCCCCUGCCAUCACCGAUCUCCCCGCAAGCGCGCGGCGCCAUGUCGUUCAUGCGCGGCAAUCUGCUGCAGAAGGCGCGCCUGCUGAUGCGCGGCGGCAUCGUGGACACGCCCAAGUGGCUCGACGCGCUCUCCAAAGUGCCCCCGCAGCCCAAGGCGCGGCGGUGCCCCAAGGCAAGGCGGAUCGAGCUGGCGGAGGACCCUCUGGUGGAGUCGUAUUAUGCCCGGCACCCUGAGGCCAAGCUGCAGGCGUACAGGCUGCAGGGCUUUGACCCGCCAGUGGCGCGGCGUUUUGCGUGGCGGCAGCUGGAGCUGAUGCAGCAGGGCAUGGCGAAGCGGCAGGCCAGAGACGCCGUGGAGUAGGGGUCCUAGCUGAACUAAAUA